GGGCCCAGCCAAGAUGGUGCUCGCGCAGCUGGGCAGGAGCCUCUCCCGCGCGCUUGCGCAGAUGGGCAAUGCCACGGUGAUCGACGAGAAGGUGCUCGGGGAGUGCCUAAACGAGAUCUCCCCCGCUCUCCUGCAGUCUGACGUCCGGAAGAUCGUCAACCUCGAGACCCUCGCCGCCGGCACCAACAAGCGGCGCAUCAUAUAGCAGGCCGUCUUCACGGAGCUCUGCAACAUGCUAGAUCCAGGGAAGCCGGUCUUCACCCCCAAGAAGGGCAAGCCCAAUGUCGUCAUGUUCGUCGGAUUGCAGGAUGUCCUUGGAGAAGAUGGCCAUUGGAGUGUAGGGGAGGAACAACCUUGUCCUGCUCGAGGAGGAGGAGGACCACCCGAGCUCGACGACGACACGGCAAGAGGUAGCACUCGCCUCCCUCCCAAGGAACUAGCAAACUUUGUUGUUUUGCAACUGAAUGAACGCAACUUCAGUUUGUAUGUCACCCAGCUUGCUGUUGCGGUGGCUGUCGAUGCCGGUGAGCCUGCAACAUCUCUGAUGAGCUGCAGGACCUGGACACCUUAGGUAUGCCCUGCUCCUCCUCCUUCCACCCUCAUCUCAUGUGCGCCAAGUCCAUCUAUCUCAUGUGCAUG